AUGUCCAACCACGUCUGCUACGUCGAGGAUGCCGAGGAGGAUUCCGGCAGCUCUGUCCUCGAGGGCAUCCAAUCCACCCGUCGCUAUGCUGUCUCUGAAGCUCCUGGCCCCGCUAGUCCACCUAAGGAACGCCCCAACACAGGAAAGUCUCGAGGUGAAACCAGGAGAUAUUCCAGCCGGCGACACGUUUCUCCUCCCAGUGAAGGGCUCUCUGAUGAAGAGCCCCCUCGCAGGGAAGAGCGUCCCCGCCGAGACUACGAACGUGAAGCUCGCGAACAGCGCGAUAAAGAUCGACGUCGUAAAGAGCGCAAGCAGAAGGAAGCUGCUGAGCAGCAACAACGGAGGGUCCGAGCCGAAGCCAAACCACUCAAGGAACGUGAGCCCAAGCCUGUGAGAAGACCUCGCCCAACAUCACUCACUCACACCAAGACUGAGCCUGUUGUUCAACAAUAUCGCCGAGGUCGUGUCGAGGAUCCCUCCUGUUACGGUAUCCAGCAGCCUGCCGUCUCUGGCAUGCGCCCCCGUGCUCAGACUCGACCUCAUAGCUAUUACCCUGGACAAACCGCUCCCCCAAUUUCCAAUGCUGGCUGGCACCAUGCCCAAGCUUCUCAACCUUCUUUCCCCGUCGGAUCAUUCCCGCCACCACCUUACUUCCCUGGAGGACAGUCUCCCUCAGUGGUCGGCGUUCCGCCUUCGCCUGGCCCAGGUGCUGGAACACCUGGGUUCUUUGAUAUGCCUUCGCAGCAGGCCAGCGCCCACCUCAGAAACCGUUUUGAGCGGCCAGCUUCAUCCAUGGGUUUCCGUCAACAACAGCCUUCACCAUCAAACGUUGGGUAUCCUCAGGAUGACUUUGAGGAGGAGGAACAGCCUGAUCCCCGUCUCAUUAGACGUGCCUCUCGCUCCAAGAGGCCUCAACAGAAUGACGAGGAUCGCCGGCGUAUGCCUCCUCCUGACAGCAUCCCACGACCCAAGUCUGCGAUGCCUCCUCCAACCACUCCAUUCCGCCCCCCUCCUCAGUCAUUGACAAGGCAAAAGACGAGGACUCCCUCGCGGCCACCGCCUUCGGGUCGUAGCCGCGUUGGGUUCGUUGAUCAAGGCUAUGAUGAUGAAGACUACAAUGACAGUCCCGGCCUUUUUGCGGACUCUCCUGAAGCCAAUUUCGAUCGUCGUACAGCUUUGGCCCGUACUCGACGCAGUUCUGUCGCCUAUGAGCAUCAUGGUGCUGAUCUUGUACCCGCUCGCACUCGACGAGGCUCUGUUGCAUAUGAACAGCGUGGAAUCGACAUUGUGCCUGCCCGAACUCGACGAGAUUCCUACUACGAAGAUCGUUCACUUGGUGGUGGAGGUGUCAGUUUGGAUGAGGAUAAGUACCUGGACGCUAUGCGAUACCAGGACGACAUCAAUGGCGGUCCCGCCAUGCCAUUGACUGCUGAAACCCUACGCAAAGCUAGCAACCCCCGGCUUGGCGGCGGGAGCAGUCGAAGUAGCGGCAGCCAUGAUGAUAGCGAGUAUAAGCGAAGCAACACCACUGGUCUCACUCGUUCUUCUUCAAGCGACACUGACAACGUCACGAUCAAAGUGUCAGGCUCGGCUGUCGUGCGAGUGUCGGGUGCUGAGAUUGAGUGCGGCGAUGGAGGCGAGAUCACAUUUUCAAGACCUACCGGCAGCUCUAGAGUUGGCAGCGACCGUGCUAGCAGUUACUACCAGCUUGAAGAUGUCCGCAGCCGAGUAGAACAGAAGGCUCUCCCUUACCGACCACAUACCCCCAGUCGUUCUGACUCGCAUCAUCGUGGAUAUUCUGGAAACCAUGCACCAUAUGAUCCGUCCUUUGCCAUGGACGACUACAUUUACUGA